AGCUGCCUAGCUGCCUUGAGGACUUGCGUCUUCAGGGCAGCCAAGUGAUCAGCUGUCGUGGUUGGUGGCCUGGAAGCGUAGAGGGGGAACCCGUUUUCUUCUAUGAUGGGGUUGCCCGUGUUCGGAUUUCACACCUGAUUGCGACCGCUGGGUACUGCCCGUGGCCUUCUUGUGGCCCUUAUGCUUCCGGGGAGCCAGGCUCAGCCAGCCUGUGGACGUGUGAUUCGUCAUGGCAGCCGAGUGAUCAGCUGUCGUUGUUGGUCGCCCGUUAGUGUCGACGAGGAACCCGUCUUUCUCUUCGGUCCUUAUAAGCCUCCACCUAAUCGACGGCAGAACGGCAGGCUACCGCGAGUGACGAUCUUGCCUUGCUUCAGUCUCAGAGCCAUCCCGCUCCCGACGCGGGACCACUAUGGCGACGUUGCUACAUCAGCGGCAACUGCUGCCCGGAUCCCUGUCUAUGCUGAAGGCGUCUCCCUCUCCCUCUCGUGACCUCUCCCGACGUCUAUUCUUUGUCGAGGAGAAGGCUAGUCGACGGAAGCCAUCCUGCCAUGCUGUCGACAUUGGGAUCGGGAUCCAGUUAUCCCCUUUAGUCGGGACGGCAACCGUAGCAACUCCGCGGGGCGAACGGGGACGCGUAAAUGGAGGCGGAAAACAUGGAGGAGGUGCUAAGCAAGGCCGCAUUCAAUUUGCAAAGGGAGAAAUGGGGGAGAAAGGGGGCACAACAGGGAAACUUGGGACUGCCAUCACAGAUAGGACUGCAGAGCAAGGUUUAGGCGUAGGCGUGGCACUGCAUGGCUUAACGGUUCUCAACCUGCAGGGGAAGGAGAUCCCAUUUGUGGACUUGUGGCACGAGCGCCGCAUUGUGAUUGGUUUUGCUCGUCAUUUCGGAUGCCUUCUCUGCAAGAAGCGUGCUGACCAACUGAUCCAGCGGAAAGCUGAGAUUGAGGCAGCAGGAGCAUCAAUUGUCCUGAUCGGGCCUGGAACAAUUGACCAGGCAAACGCAUUCUUACAGCAAACAAAAUUUCCAGGAGAGAUAUACGCUGAUCCAAGUGGACAAGUAUUUCAAGCAUUGGGCUUCCUUUCGGGUCCACAAACUAUUUUCACUGCCAAGGCUCUGGCACAGCUAAUCACAGCCCGCCUUGAAGGUUAUACCCAGGAUUGGCAAACCAGUUUGCAGGCAGAGACUGUGCGUAAGGGAGGCUGGCAGCAAGGGGGAGUUCUUGUUGCAGGGCCUGGAGUAAACAGACUCCUGUACUUGGAAAAGGUGCUAUUACUUGUUGACUUCCGACCUUGGUUACGAAGCCUAGUUCCUUUUGGAAUUGCGGGUGGAUACCAUAGUCGGGAUGACCGAGAGGGAAGACGUCCGCGUUCUCCCGAAAGUGGGAGGAGCGGUAACCGCGAAAGCAGUAUGGAACGGCGAGGAGAUUCAAAUAGUCGGAGUCGGGAACGUCGACAGGACCAAGCAACUGGCGAGGCGUCUCAGAGACCUCCACCUGUUUGUUUUGGAUGCAAAAUGAUCGGGCACUACCGAUCCGAUUGUUGGAGGUUCUGGACCGAUGCGUCUACACGGCGGCAGAUGGAGGCUGAAGGACAUACCUGUCCAACGGAGUUUGACCGACGAGGUGGAGUUUCACCACCAAGAGCUUUUCGACAACCAACGGCUGUCCAGGAAGAUCCGGCGGCACGAGCGCAAUUGGAAGAGCUCGGCAGAAACAUGGCGUCCAUGCAGGAGUUCAUCGAAAUGGAGAGGGCACGCCACGCCGAACGUGAGCUAAGGCGCCAGGAACGUGAAGCGGCACGAAUAGCAGAGGAAAAAGUCGUGGCAGCUGAAGCGGAGCGUGCUGCUCGGAAAGUAGAGAAGCUACGGAGGAAAGAGGAAGAGCAACUAGCUAUGGCUAAAGCAGUCGAAGUGCAACUCUCAUUACGAUUGGGCGAUAUCCGGGACGAAAUCAAGAUUGAAGUACGAAGGGUGGUCGCAGGAAGUGUGGUUAAGAACCUGACCUCGACUCAAGUUACGACUAUAGCGAAGGAGAAAGGGAAAGCGGUUGAGGAUUUACCUUCUUCUUCGGGCACGACAAGUGAGAUCGAAGCAAUCACGGAAGGCGCCGAGAACCUGACUAUUCAGGAUAAGCGGAAGCGGGAGGUCGAUACCCCAGUGGGGGAUAGCCCACCGGUUACGACGCCAGCAAAGCGUGUAAGCAAGAGGCAAGUGAUUCGUCCAGUCCGUCUGUCGGAACGUCUCCAACGCACUCGAACUCGUAUCUCAGUCCGAAAAAGUGCACGAACUAAAGCGAUGACAGCUAUGAAGGCACCGGCUCGAGAUACAAUGGUGGAGCGGAUGCUGUAUCUCGACAACACUCGUCGAGAACUUUCCAGGAUGGACUGCGAUCAACUUCGCGCGAUUUGUCGUGAGGAAGCUGUCCCAUACGCUACUAAGGUACAGGCAAUUUUCGAUAUUGCUGAUCGACGAGCAGUUUUGCAGUUCGGUGACUUGCGCGUGAAUCAAGGAGCAUUAGUUAACCCGGAAGAAGCAGCGGCGCACUCAUGUGAUAGGCGCACGGUUCUCGAAGUGAAGCAGCAUCUCGACGGUCUGGCACUGAUGCCGCUGGACAGGAAUCCCGGGGAAACCUUGGUUAUCUGUCCUCGCCUGUACUAUGAAGGGAUGAUGGAUCUCUUUAUCCGGAACCCAGGCUAUGUCGCCGUCGAUGAGAGUACGACUGGGAUUCUGGCAAGGAUGAAGACCGAGUUGCGGGAUCAAGGACUGUUGGAAUUUGCACGAUGGGACAGGAAAGGGGCAAUUGGGCAAGCAUAUGCUAUGCCCAAGCAUAAGGAUCUGGACAGAUUUCGCCCUAUCUGUCCUUCCUACCCGGAACCGACGGCUCGUACAGGACGUGCCAUGGCUAAAGGAUUGAAUCACCUGUUGUACGGCCUGUCGCGCGAUUGGCACUUUAACCUGAAGGCUGUUUCUCAGUUGAAGGGAACCCUCGCUAGGUUCAACACGAAGCUGCAACAUGCGCAUCAUCAACCGGAACUGAUAGGACAGUCCUUUGACAUCAAGGACAUGUUCAGUCAGCUACCGCAUCAGGAGAUUAUCGACGCAGUUGACUGGCUGCUGGAUUAUCACAUUGCAAAGGGGAGGACCUUUGUACGUGUCAACACUCGAGGUAAAGGAGCAUCAUUCGGGCUGACUACCGGUUUUGACCAUUGGAGGAAGCUUGACUUCCAUGACAUCCGUGAGUUCGCUGUUUUUGAACUUACGCACACGUACACGUUGGCGUUGGGAGUACUGAUGCAGCAAAAGGACAUGGAGGCAGGUCACGAGCCCGAUCUGGAUGCAGUUGUCAAGGCCUGUAGGAGUAAUGAUAAUUAAUGCUCCGUCAGUAUAGAGUAUCGAUGUGUCAUUGCUGUGCAAGGUAGGGGGGGACAAAGGAGUAAGGAAGGAGGGAAGGAGGAGGGAGGAGGGAAAAGCGAGGAAGGAGGAGGCAGAGGGGGAGGGAAAAGGGAGGAGGGAGGAGGGAGGAGGGAGGAGGGAGGAGGGAAAAGGGAGGAGGGAGGAGAGAGGAGGGAGGUGAAGGUUACAGCUGUCUCCCUCAAGAAGUGGGUCUGUCUGUCCGUGGUAGAGUGCACCUAACAGGUGUGGUGGCAUGUGGCUCUGACUGUUCUUGGCAUGUGGUCUGCGUACUGUCUCUCUCUCCCUCUCUCGGCUUCUGUGAAUGCAUGCUUCCCAAAAAACGAAGUCGGCUUCUCUACAUUGUGAAUUUCCUAUGGGGGGAUGCAAAUUCUGGCCUGAUCAUCCAUCGUGAAACCUCUGGCCACUGCAAUG